AUGUCGUCGUCAGUGUUUUACAAGUUCAAGUCCCAAAAGGAGCCUUCUAGAGUUGAGUUUGAUGGAACUGGUAUCUCAGUAUUCGAGCUUAAGCGUGAUAUAAUCAUCAAAAGUGGUCUUGGGGAUGGAGCUGACUUUGACCUCGCAAUAUUUAAUGAUGAUGAGACAGAAGAGUACGAUGAUGAUACGACUGUUAUCCCAAGGUCCACAACCGUAAUCGCUAGGAGACUGCCUGCCUCCAAGAAGGGGGCCGGCCGAGCCCAGCGGUACAUGACCGGUAAAAUGCCUAUGAAUUCUAAAAAUUCAACUCGUAAAGAUCAGGCAAAAGCCACCAAGGCAAACUCUGCUGUGAACAUGGCUGUGAACUCAAGUAUGACGGAAGACCAGCGUCUAGCAGCCAUGUUCGACGCUUCGAGCCAACAGUGGUCAGAACAACUAGAAGAAAUGGCAAAACAAACAAAAGUACAUCAUAUGGGGGGCAAAAAAGUCUCUGAAGGUGAACCACCGCCAGGAUAUGUAUGCUAUCGAUGUGGGGAGAAAGGACAUUGGAUAAAGGAGUGUCCUACGAACGAUGAUCCUAACUUUGAGAAUAAACCCCGUAUCAAGCGUACAACGGGUAUUCCCAGAUCGUUUCUGAGGGCGGUAGAUAAGCCGACUGUGAGCCCUGGUGAUGGAAAUGAUGUUAAACAACCGUCUGGAGUAAUGAUUAAUGCAGAGGGUCAAUUUGUGAUUGCAGAGCCAGAUAAAAAAUCAUGGGAACAAUUUCAAGCAAAAACUAAGUCUUCUGCUGCUGCUGAAAAGGCUGCUGCUGUGGGGGAUAAAGAGCUACAAGAUAGAGGUCUGGAAUGCUCAGUCGACAGGAGAAUAUUCUUAGACCCAAUGAAGACGCCGUGUUGUGAGAAGACGUACUGCAAUGAUUGCAUCACUAACUCGCUAAUUGAGAGCGACUUCACCUGUCCCGGCUGCCAGGCUGAAGGUGUAUUACUAGAUGACCUAAAGCCUGAUGAGGUAACUUCAUUAAACAUCAAAUGCUAUUUAGAAGAAAAAACUGCUGCUGCAAAAGAAGCGAGAGAAAAAGCUGCAAGUCCAAUUGCUAAAAAUUCACCAUCGAUUAGCGAGAAGGAAAAUCCAAAGCCCAAAUCGCCUUCACCGCAAUCGCCUCCUCUUCCUAGUGCGAGCGAAGGUGUCUCAUCGCCACUUCAUUACUGCAACGACGUCAAGCCCAGUUCAUCCGCUGGAAGUUCUGUAGCCACUGAAACUAGUAAUGCUAGGAAACGACCAGCUGAGCAACUCCUGGAGAACCCGAAGAUUCCGAAAGGUCCUAAAGCCAUGCAGCAACAACAACAGCAGCAGCAGAUACAGACGGGCAUGGCUGGAUUUGCCGGCAUGCCUUUUAAUAUGUCCCCAUUUUACGGCAUGCCUAAUAUGAUGAAUGGGUUUGGUGCACUGAAUGGCAUGUCUAUGAUGCCCGUUGUAAAUCCUAUGAUUAUGAAUUCAUAUGGUAGUUUCCCAAAUAUGUACUCAUGUCUCAACGGCUUCAAUGCCAUGAAUGGCAAUCUAAACAUGAUGAACGUAGGAAAUAUGGGUAUGGAUGGCCUUGUGCAUGUAGCCAACGACGUGUCUCAUGGGUUUCCUAAUCAGCAAAAGACAAUCUUCUCGGAGCCGCUACCUAACGAGGAAGAUAGUGCUUACUUUCGUCAGCCCGUCAAUCCACACCGACAUCAGGGGCGACAGCGACGGGCCCGACCGCAAGAUUACCGAGAGCUCUGA